AUGCACGCUUCACUCAUCGGUCCUGCAAUUUUUGCCAUCCAGCAGCUGCUGUUCCAGCGAGCGCUGCAGCCGUCUCGGGAGGCUGUGUCGCCCACCCUGCGAGCGAAGGACGUGGCGGUGGCGCACUCGGAUGUGGUAGCGGACAUCAGGAGGAAGCUGGAGGAGAGGGGGGUCUCCCUCCCUGCCAGCCAUUUUGCUGAUGUGGACGUGGAGCUGGCGCGCUAUGCCAUCACUGUGGGCCUGCUCUCUGCCCAGACUGCGGCCGACAGUGACAACCAUUACAGGGCAAAGGUAGUGGAGGCAGCGGCUGCGCGCGCACAGGCCACAGCGGAGUGGCUGCUGUCGCACAGCUUCAUGCCGGAGGAGCAGCUGGGCAAGUGGGCCAGUGUGGUGCACUGGUCAGAUGAUGAUGCAGAUGGGCACCCUGUGCUGGUGGUGCAUCUGGAGGCGGCUCUGCAGCAGGACGCGGCCGGAGCGGCCAGCGCGGCGGAGGCCAUCCUGUCCCACAUGGAGGCCGCACUGCGCCGCCAUUUCGAUAACAACCCCAGCAGCCCUGAGCAGCUCGUUGUGGUGCUCGACUCUCGCGGCGCAUCCACCCUUCAGUUUCGGCGGCUGGUACGCACCAUCCAGAGCAUCGCUGUGACGCUGAACCGGCAUUACCCGGCGCGCCUGCACCGACUCUACCUAGUGAAUGCACCCGUCAUCGUCCACCUGCCUGUUCGGGCCAUCAAGGCUCUGCUGCACCCGUCCACUUCAUCCAAGAUCAUUAUUUGCGACCUUGAGGAUCCGCGGCUGCCUGUAGACCUGGACUACGAUUCAGCUUCUAGUAUCCACCAGACAGCCGAGGCAGCACCACCGUGA